CUGCGGGCUACGGGUGGUGAGGUCGGCGCGUCCUCUGCAUUAGCCCCCAAAAUUGGUCCUCUCGGUUUGUCGCCGAAGAAGGUCGGUGAAGACAUUGCGAAGGCGACGUCUCAGUGGAAGGGUCUCCGGGUCACCGUCCAGCUCACCAUCCAAAACCGUCAAGCCGCCGUCUCCGUUGUCCCCUCCGCAUCCUCCCUUGUCAUCAAGGCUCUCAAAGAGCCCCCACGCGACCGCAAGAAGGAGAAGAACAUUAAGCACACCGGCAACAUCACCCUGGACGAGGUCUUCGACAUCGCACGGACAAUGAAGUCCAAGUCGCUCGCGAAGGAGCUCUCUGGCACCGUGAAGGAGAUUCUUGGCACCGCGCAGAGCGUUGGCUGCACUGUGGAUGGCCAGCCGCCCCACGACAUCAUCGAGGGUAUCGACUCGGGUGACGUUGAAAGAUUCUACCGUGACAUGCGACAGCGCCAAAACAUGCGCUCGCCUGUGAACCACCUUCCUCGCGAACUCCUCGAGGUCAUCUGCGAGUACACCGUCCCAUGGUUCUGGUACACCCUCGAAAGCGGCAUCGGCAACCUCGUUUUCGCCCAUGUUUGCCACUAUUGGCGCGACAUCGCGUACAACUUCCACAGGCUGUGGACGCGCAUAUCCCUCGACGACUUUUCGUGCCCCUGUCGGAAUCCGACACACUAUUGGGAGGACGUCGUGCAGGCCUACCUCGAACGCUCGGGCAAUCUCCCGCUCACCCUCAGAUUCCCGGAGAUGCCUUGCUGGGAGUACAUCCAGGAGGACGCCCAUCGCGUCCAGGACCUCGAAAUAGGACUUCCAACCUUCCGGUGGAACGGGGCGCGAUUCCUCCCUGACCUGCCGAUAUUGACGACUCUGCGUCUAGGGGCAUUCAAUCCCAUCGACGGCAACAACAUCGUCAAGCUCCCGCUGCGACAGAAGGCCCCAGCUUUGCGUUCCCUGACUCUCGCCAGCGUGCACCCUUGUAGCCUCGACGCCGACUGGGGUGCGCUUCGCGAGCUGGAGUUGAAAGACUGCUUCCGCACGCCUUUAGAGGACAUCCUCGAAGUCCUGUCGCUGUGCACCCAGAUGGAAGCCCUCCGCAUCGUAAUCACCCCCGAGCCCGACGAGGACUACAUGCACUACCCGUACCCCGACGAAGAAGAGGAGUAUGAGGAUUGGGAUCUCGCGGAGAUCCCGCGGCUUCUGCGGAUCGAGCUCGCGGGUCUCGCGAUACCGCUGAGCAACUACAUCAUCACACCGGCGCUCCAGGAGCUUUCUCUGGAUAUGAUGGAGCAGGACGGCCUGAUCCCCCAGCGCAUCGUACGCCCCGGACAUAGCUUCCCGUCGCUCAAGGGCCUUACACUCAAGAACAUAGUCGACAAUGACCCCGCGCCCAUCAUGGACGGCCUGGAGAGCGUGAAGCGACUGCACCUCGUGCAGGCAUCGCAACACUGCCAUACCCACAGCGGCAUGUUCACCGCUCUCGAGGCGCGAGCCAACGGCACCGACGUGCCCCUUCCCAAUCUUGUCGAGCUGCAGAUCGAAGCCAGGCCGCAACCCGAGGGUGAGUGGGAUUCAGAUGGCGGGGUCACUUCAUCGUGGCAUUGGCUGGACGACGAGCGCGUCAUGCGCACGGUAUACUCCAGGGUCAGGACCCCAGCUAUAGGUGGAGUGGCACGACUACAGCGCUUGAGCGUUGUAGGUCGAUGGUUUCGGUUUGGAGAGAAGUUGGUUACAUGGCUGGAGAGCCUUGAGGGUUCUGGUAUAACGACCAGGAUCGUAGACAAAAGUCACAAGGUCAAUCCUUCCUGGGUCUGA